AGUCGUUCGUGAUAAAGGUGGCAAAACUAUUUCUGCAUAUAGAAAGCAUUUCAUAAUAUAUCGAAGCGCGUAGUUUUGCAGUCAUUGUUAUAUAAUGAUGUUGAAUCAGUGUUGGCAGAAUCUCAGGCAAUUGUUACACAUGCAUCACAGCAACAGCAACGACAGCAGCACAUGUUAGAAUCCCAAUCUUCCGUAACUAGUACAACUUCUAUACAGACUGUAUUACAGCAAUCUGUUAUACUACAGCAAAACGCUUCAACACCAAAACAUGCUAAUAGCACGACUAAUCUAAAUGGACUCUCAUUAACGCAACAACAACAACAGCAUCAACAGCAAACUGUUAUUAACAGUAAUUCAAAUAGUUUAAAUAAUUCACAAAUCAUUACCUAUGCUAUCGAAGCUCUACCAGGUUUACGACAUCCUUCGGAUAGCGUAAAUUCUUUAUUGGAACAUAUAGCACCCGCCAAUAUGAGCAGCGAGGGAGUACUAAAUAUUGCCGAUGUAGCCGAUCUCUUGCAUCCACAACAUGCAAUAAUAACUGGUGGACGCUCUCAGGAAGGUUGUCCCUUAAUUAUAUUCCCUGAUAAUAACAAUUUCGCGACACUGGAAGAAGUUGAUUACCAAAAAUUAAUUUUAUAUUUGACUUCAGUACCAUCUUUACAAGAUGCCGAUUUGGGUUUUCAUUUGAUUAUCGAUCGCCGAAAAGAUAAAUGGACUUCGGUUAAAACAGUUCUGCAACGUAUAUCGGAUAAUGGGGAUCAGUAUGAAUUAUUCGGUCACGAUCAAACAUAA